AUGGAUCUAAUAAAAAAGUUUCGUGAAUCUAUUAGCCACUGGUACCUAAGGUAUCAAGUAUCUACUGAGCUGUACAUGGUGGAACCCUGGGAAAAAGUUGUGAUGCAUGUGAUAUUUGCUGUUGUCUUUGGUCUAUUCUGGUACUUCAACUAUUCUGUUAUCGUUCACGCCAUUGCACAUAUCCGAGACUGCCCAAGUCAAGCUUACCAAAUGUUAUAA